UGUGCAUGCACUUGUGUGCGUCUGGUGUGCAAUGUGAGGGUACGGCUGUGGGUGUACAGAUGGGCAUACGCUUGGCGCACAUCUAGUGACCAUGCUAGUGGUACUUCUCCACGUGAAUGGGAGCAUGUCACAUGCAUGAAAUCCAUAAACACAGGGGCAUGGCUGUGUGUGCGCGUGUGUGUGUGUGUGUGGAGUGGGUGUGGGUGUGUGUGGCUGUAGGAGUGGGUGUGGCUGUGGCUGUAGUUGUGGGUGUGAGUGUGUGUGCUUGUGCUGUGGUGUGUGUACACACAGGCAGGCACUCGGUAAGAGUCUUGUGUCUGUGCAAUAUGGCAUUUGUGUUGCUCAGGGCACAAUGUGACUGUGGGCACAACUAGAAGCCAUGUGUAUGUGCACAAGCCUGCUGCGCGGGUGCGAGUGUGUUUGUGCGUGUGAGCUGGCGGCAUGUGUGUGAACGGGUGUAACAGCAGAGGAAGCAUCUGCGUGAACGUAUGAAGGGUGAUUUGCACAUGACUGAGCCUGUGGGAGCACAGCUUUUGUGUGGGUGCGUCCGUGAGUGUGCACUCGAGUGACUGUGAGAGUGAGCCAGCGACUGUGUGAGUGUAAGCCAGCGCGUACCUCAGGAGUGCUUCUGGGAAUAAGUGUGGAGAUUCGAGUAUGAGAUGAGCCUGUGUAAACUGUCGAGGUUGGGAGAAGAACCACCUAUGUGGGCUAAUACAUGUGUCCCAGUGAGUGAGUGUUUGUGUGCCCUUGUGAAUGGGUGCGUGUGCCCGGGAGUCUGUCACUCCUGGAGCAGUGAGGCCGGAGCCCAAGCGGUCGCAGGCUGAGCCUAGAGCACACCCGGCGAGGGAAUUGUGGCUGAGGCUCCCACCUGAAGAUUGGCCCAGUCCUCAGGUUUCACUCAUGACCCUGUGACAUCAGCGGCAGCAGCUGUCCUCGCCGGCCCGGCCCCCCAGCCAAGUCCCCCAGAGUUCCAGCCCCAGCCUGAGGUGGGCACGGCGCUCUGGGCUUGUCAGCAACCGCUCUGCUCCCGUCCAAUAGCCAGGGAUGGCAAACACAGGCAGAGGCACCACGGUCUUCCUCCUUGCGCCCCUGGCAGACAUCACUAAUCAAUCACAGCAACCUUUUUGCACAGAGCCUGGCUGCCACCUUCAUGGUCUCCACCUACAUCUCCAGGUGGCCAAUAUCAGGAUCCACGUCGGCCCUCAGGGCUGAAGCCACACAGUUUCCGGAGCUUGGGCCCAGGAGGCAGUCGAAGGCACUGGGGUGUUGGCCCCAAGUCCCAAGGCCACAAAGAAUCUGGUUGGUUUGCCGUCGGUCCUGGGGGCAGCCCCUGCCACUGCUGGGGAAAGUGUGGUGGGGGGCCAGGGGUGAUGCUCUGUGCCCAGCACCUGUGCAGCAGCAGCACCUUGCAGGCACAUCUCCCAGUCCUGAUAGAGUCUGCACGCCCACCUCCCCGGCUCGGCCACUGGGCAAGCAGGAGGUGAGGAGUGGACGGCCCGCCCAGGGAGGGGCGGCCGCCCAGCACCCCGGGGCUGCGCACUGCAGCUCCCCAGGCCACCCGCCACCCUUCUGGUCUCUGAGCCCAGGAUGCGAGGAUGGCCAGACCAUCUCUGUGCACCCUGGUGCCUCUGGGCCCUGAGUGCUUGCGCCCCUUCACCCGGGAGUCACUGGCAGCCAUAGAACAGCGGGCGGUGGAGGAGGAGGCCCGGCUGCAGCGGAACAAGCAGAUGGAGAUUGAGGAGCCCGAACGGAAGCCACGAAGUGACUUGGAGGCUGGCAAGAACCUACCCAUGAUCUACGGAGACCCCCCGCCGGAGGUCAUCGGCAUCCCCCUGGAGGACCUGGAUCCCUACUACAGCAAUAAGAAGACCUUCAUCGUACUCAACAAGGGCAAGGCCAUCUUCCGCUUCUCCGCCACACCUGCUCUCUACCUGCUGAGCCCCUUCAGCGUAGUCAGGCGCGGGGCCAUCAAGGUGCUCAUCCAUGCGCUGUUCAGCAUGUUCAUCAUGAUCACCAUCUUGACCAACUGCGUAUUCAUGACCAUGAGUGACCCGCCUCCCUGGUCCAAGAAUGUGGAGUACACCUUCACAGGGAUCUACACCUUUGAGUCCCUCAUCAAGAUACUGGCCCGUGGCUUCUGUGUCGACGACUUCACAUUCCUCCGGGACCCCUGGAACUGGCUGGACUUCAGUGUCAUCAUGAUGGCGUACCUGACAGAGUUUGUGGACUUGGGCAACAUCUCAGCCCUGAGGACCUUCCGGGUGCUGCGGGCCCUCAAAACCAUCACGGUCAUCCCAGGGCUGAAGACGAUCGUGGGGGCCCUGAUCCAGUCGGUGAAAAAGCUGUCGGAUGUGAUGAUCCUCACUGUCUUCUGCCUGAGCGUCUUUGCGCUGGUAGGACUGCAGCUCUUCAUGGGAAACCUGAGGCAGAAGUGUGUGCGCUGGCCACCGCUGUUCAACGACACCAACACCACAUGGUACAGCAAUGACACGUGGUACGGCAAUGACACAUGGUAUGGCAAUGAGAUGUGGUACGACAAUGACUCAUGGUAUGCCAACGACACGUGGAACAGCCAUGCAAGCUGGGCCACCAACGAUACCUUUGAUUGGGACGCCUACAUCAGUGAUGAAGGGAACUUCUACUUCCUGGAGGGCUCCAACGAUGCCCUGCUCUGCGGGAACAGCAGUGAUGCUGGGCACUGCCCUGAGGGUUAUGAGUGCAUCAAGACCGGGCGGAACCCCAACUAUGGCUACACCAGCUACGACACCUUCAGCUGGGCCUUCUUGGCUCUCUUCCGCCUCAUGACACAGGACUAUUGGGAGAACCUCUUCCAGCUGACCCUUCGAGCAGCUGGCAAGACCUACAUGAUCUUCUUCGUGGUCAUCAUCUUCCUGGGCUCUUUCUACCUCAUCAAUCUGAUCCUGGCCGUGGUGGCCAUGGCAUAUGCCGAGCAGAACGAGGCCACCCUGGCCGAGGAUAAGGAGAAAGAGGAGGAGUUUCAGCAGAUGCUUGAGAAGUUCAAAAAGCACCAGGAGGAGCUGGAGAAGGCCAAGGCCGCCCAAGCUCUGGAAGGUGGGGAGGCAGAUGGGGACCCAGCCCAUGGCAAAGACUGCAAUGGCAGCCUGGACACAUCGCAAGGGGAGAAGGGAGCCCCGAGGCAGAGUGGCAGCGGAGACAGCGGCAUCUCCGAUGCCAUGGAAGAACUGGAAGAGGCCCACCAGAAGUGCCCACCAUGGUGGUACAAGUGCGCCCACAAAGUGCUCAUAUGGAACUGCUGCGCCCCGUGGCUGAAGUUCAAGAACAUCAUCCACCUGAUCGUCAUGGACCCGUUCGUGGACCUGGGCAUCACCAUCUGCAUCGUGCUCAACACCCUCUUCAUGGCCAUGGAACAUUACCCCAUGACGGAGCACUUUGACAACGUGCUCACUGUGGGCAACCUGGUCUUCACAGGCAUCUUCACAGCAGAGAUGGUUCUGAAGCUGAUCGCCAUGGACCCCUACGAGUAUUUCCAGCAGGGUUGGAAUAUCUUCGACAGCAUUAUCGUCACCCUCAGCCUGGUAGAGCUAGGCCUGGCCAAUGUACAGGGACUGUCUGUGCUACGCUCCUUCCGUCUGCUGCGGGUCUUCAAGCUGGCCAAGUCGUGGCCAACGCUGAACAUGCUCAUCAAGAUCAUUGGCAAUUCAGUGGGGGCGCUGGGUAACCUGACGCUGGUGCUGGCUAUCAUCGUGUUCAUCUUCGCCGUGGUGGGCAUGCAGCUGUUUGGCAAGAGCUACAAGGAGUGCGUGUGCAAGAUCGCCUUGGACUGCAACCUGCCGCGCUGGCACAUGCAUGAUUUCUUCCACUCCUUCCUCAUCGUCUUCCGCAUCCUGUGCGGGGAGUGGAUCGAGACCAUGUGGGACUGCAUGGAGGUGGCCGGCCAAGCCAUGUGCCUCACCGUCUUCCUCAUGGUCAUGGUCAUCGGCAAUCUUGUGGUCCUGAACCUGUUCCUGGCUCUGCUGCUGAGCUCCUUCAGCGCCGACAGUCUGGCAGCCUCGGAUGAGGAUGGCGAGAUGAACAACCUGCAGAUUGCCAUCGGGCGCAUCAAGUUGGGCAUCGGCUUUGCCAAGGCCUUCCUCCUGGGGCUGUUGCAUGGCAAGAUCCUGAGCCCCAAGGACAUCAUGCUCAGCCUCGGGGAGGCUGAUGGGGCCGGGGAGGCUGGAGAGGCGGGGGAGACUGCCCCCGAGGACGAGAAGAAGGAGCCGCCCGAGGAGGACCUGAAGAAGGACAAUCACAUCCUGAACCACAUGGGCCUGGCUGACGGCCCCCCAUCCAGCCUCGAGCUGGACCACCUUAACUUCAUCAACAACCCCUACCUGACCAUACAGGUGCCCAUCGCCUCCGAGGAGUCCGACCUGGAGAUGCCCACCGAGGAGGAAACCGACACUUUCUCGGAGCCUGAGGAUAGCAAGGAGGAUGAGGGGGUCUCUCAGGGACCCAGAUGUCAUGUGACCCUGUGGCCUCCGCAGAAGCCGCCACAGCCUCUCUAUGAUGGGAACUCGUCCGUCUGCAGCACAGCUGACUACAAGCCCCCCGAGGAGGACCCUGAGGAGCAGGCAGAGGAGAACCCCGAGGGGGAGCAGCCUGAGGAGUGCUUCACCGAGGCCUGCGUGCAGCGCUGGCCCUGCCUCUACGUGGACAUCUCCCAGGGCCGUGGGAAGAAGUGGUGGACUCUGCGCAGGGCCUGCUUCAAGAUUGUUGAGCACAACUGGUUCGAGACCUUCAUUGUCUUCAUGAUCCUGCUCAGCAGUGGGGCUCUGGCCUUCGAGGACAUCUACAUUGAGCAGCGGCGAGUCAUUCGCACCAUCCUCGAAUAUGCCGACAAGGUCUUCACCUACAUCUUCAUCAUGGAGAUGCUGCUCAAAUGGGUGGCCUAUGGCUUUAAGGUGUACUUCACCAACGCCUGGUGCUGGCUCGACUUCCUCAUCGUGGACGUCUCCAUCAUCAGCUUGGUGGCCAACUGGCUGGGCUACUCGGAGCUGGGACCCAUCAAAUCCCUGCGGACACUGCGGGCCCUGCGUCCCCUGAGGGCACUGUCCCGAUUCGAGGGCAUGAGGGUGGUGGUGAACGCCCUCCUGGGCGCCAUCCCCUCCAUCAUGAACGUGCUGCUUGUCUGCCUCAUCUUCUGGCUGAUCUUCAGCAUCAUGGGUGUCAACCUGUUUGCCGGCAAGUUCUACUACUGCAUCAACACUACCACCUCUGAGAGGUUCGACAUCUCUGAGGUCAACAACAAGUCUGAGUGCGAGAGCCUCAUGCACACAGGCCAGGUCCGCUGGCUCAAUGUCAAGGUCAACUACGACAACGUGGGUCUGGGCUACCUCUCCCUCCUGCAGGUGGCCACCUUCAAGGGUUGGAUGGACAUCAUGUAUGCAGCCGUGGACUCCCGGGAGAAGGAGGAGCAGCCGCAGUACGAGGUGAACCUCUACAUGUACCUCUACUUUGUCAUCUUCAUCAUCUUUGGCUCCUUCUUCACCCUCAACCUCUUCAUUGGCGUCAUCAUUGACAACUUCAACCAGCAGAAGAAGAAGUUAGGGGGGAAAGACAUCUUUAUGACGGAGGAACAGAAGAAAUACUAUAACGCCAUGAAGAAGCUUGGCUCCAAGAAGCCUCAGAAGCCAAUUCCCCGGCCCCAGAACAAGAUCCAGGGCAUGGUGUAUGACCUCGUGACGAAGCAGGCCUUCGACAUCACCAUCAUGAUCCUCAUCUGCCUCAACAUGGUCACCAUGAUGGUGGAGACAGACGACCAGAGCCAGCUCAAGGUGGACAUCCUGUACAACAUCAACAUGAUCUUCAUCAUCAUCUUCACAGGGGAGUGCGUGCUCAAGAUGCUCGCCCUGCGCCAGUACUACUUCACCGUUGGCUGGAACAUCUUUGACUUCGUGGUCGUCAUCCUGUCCAUUGUGGGCCUUGCCCUCUCUGACCUGAUCCAGAAGUACUUCGUGUCACCCACGCUGUUCCGUGUGAUCCGCCUGGCGCGGAUUGGGCGUGUCCUGCGGCUGAUCCGCGGGGCCAAGGGCAUCCGGACGCUGCUGUUCGCCCUCAUGAUGUCGCUGCCUGCCCUCUUCAACAUCGGCCUCCUCCUCUUCCUGGUCAUGUUCAUUUACUCCAUCUUCGGCAUGUCCAACUUUGCCUACGUCAAGAAGGAGUCGGGCAUUGAUGAUAUGUUCAACUUCGAGACCUUCGGCAACAGCAUCAUCUGCCUGUUCGAGAUCACCACGUCGGCCGGCUGGGACGGGCUCCUCAACCCCAUCCUCAACAGCGGGCCCCCGGACUGUGACCCCAACCUGGAGAACCCGGGCACCAGUGUCAAGGGUGACUGCGGCAACCCCUCCAUCGGCAUCUGCUUCUUCUGCAGCUAUAUCAUCAUCUCCUUCCUCAUCGUGGUCAACAUGUACAUCGCCAUCAUCCUGGAGAACUUCAAUGUGGCCACAGAGGAGAGCAGCGAGCCCCUUGGUGAAGAUGACUUUGAGAUGUUCUACGAGACGUGGGAGAAGUUCGACCCCGACGCCACCCAGUUCAUCGCCUACAGCCGCCUCUCAGACUUCGUGGACACCCUGCAGGAACCACUGAGGAUUGCCAAGCCCAACAAGAUCAAGCUCAUCACACUGGACUUGCCCAUGGUGCCAGGGGACAAGAUCCACUGCCUGGACAUCCUCUUUGCCCUGACCAAAGAGGUCCUGGGUGACUCUGGGGAAAUGGACGCCCUCAAGCAGACCAUGGAGGAGAAGUUCAUGGCGGCCAACCCCUCCAAGGUGUCCUACGAGCCCAUCACCACCACCCUCAAGAGGAAGCACGAGGAGGUGUGCGCCAUCAAGAUCCAGAGGGCCUACCGCCGGCACCUGCUACAGCGCUCCGUGAAGCAGGCAUCCUACAUGUACCGCCACAGCCACGACGGCAGCGGGGACGACGCCCCUGAGAAGGAGGGGCUGCUUGCCAACACCAUGAGCAAGAUGUAUGGCCACGAGAAUGGGAACAGCAGCUCGCCGAGCCCGGAGGAGAAGGGCGAGGCAGGGGACACCGGACCCACUAUGGGGCUGAUGCCCAUCAGCCCCUCAGACACUGCCUGGCCUCCCGCCCCUCCCCCAGGGCAGACGGUGCGCCCAGGUGUCAAGGAGUCUCUUGUCUAGCAGGCAGCGUCGGGGUGGCCCGCUGAGUCUCGGCAUAGUCCCCAGAGCUCCCCCGUGGUGCCUGCACACAGAGUGAGGGAGGAGGGCUUUGAAUCUGGGACUGUGCCUGGCUCCCUGAUGAGGGACAGGAUUUGGCCACACUGGGGCUGACACCCAGGCCCAAGCGCCUGCGUUCCCAGACCAUGGGAAAUGGGAAUUGCGCUCAGGGGCUCCAUGCUGGGUCUGAGGCCCCUGCCUCCAAGAUUUAACCUGCAAGUUGCUCUGACCUCCUCUGGGCCCUGUCGCCCCUCCUUUUGGCCUGGGGGAGGUCAGAACAUUCGAAUCUCUGCCCCUCACUUGAGGAGGAGCUGGCCUGCGGUGGAGGGAUCAGUUGCCCCCCAUCACCAGAGUCUUAAGGGUCACUGGCCUCUCCCCAGGAAGUGGCUCAGACCCCUCAGCCCCAGCCCAGACAAAGAUGUCUUAACCUCAGGGAGUGCAGACACCUAACCCCAGGGCACUGCCAGCCCACCCCCUUUGACUCUGGGGUGCAGCUUCACCCACCAGGCCAGCUCAGGAAUUCCCUGGAAAAGGGAAAUGUGACUGGUUCAGAAAUAGCUCCUCAAAGCCUCAAAACCUGAUUGGCCACUGGAUCCUACUGCUUUGGGCUGGGAUGGUGACUCCUGAAACCUCUUCCCAGGCCACGUCCAGGUCCGUAGCUCCCCUGGCUGGCCCCUAGGGGAAGAGCAGAAGGAAGGAUGCCACUUGGGAAUGAAUUGUCCUUUUCUAGGAAGCACGGGGGAGUGAGACAGGCUGGGUCCUGCCAGCUGGAUCGCUGCACAUGGCCUGAGCAUCCAGACCUGAGCGGGGGUCAGGGACCUGCUGCUCAGUAAGAAGAUUCUCGCCCCUUCCCUCUCUCCCUGCCUCACUCCUCUGUGAGCACCACCAGGGCUCCAGGAGCCUCAUCCAGCCUCAGAGAUCUCCCUUCUCAUCUCCCCACGCCCGUCUCUUUCUCACCUUUCCCACCUCUCUCCCCAAAGUGAUCCUAAGAAUGUACAGUUGAGCUCAGGUUAGAUAUUUCGACCCUGGGGCGUGCAGCAGGGAAGGCCCAACUGGUUCAGGCUCAACCUUCCAACUUCCUGUGGCCUGAAGAAGCACUUCUGCUGCAUCGCUGUUCUGGGCAUGGCAGGGCCAGGCCUCUGCUGGCUCCUGGAGAGCAGAGGCUGUGCCCGGAGGAGGAGGGGUGAGAGACCUGCUCAGGCGUCGCUGGAUUUAUUCACUUGUGUGUGUACCUGUGGCUGUAUGUCUGCUUGUAUGCUUUUAUAGGCCUGUGUGUAUAGCUGUGUGUGUGUUCAAGUGCGUGACUCUAUGUGUGUGUGUGAACCACUGUGUACUGGAGCCUGCAUUAUGCACGUGUCUGGGUAUCUUUGUAUAUAUGUGUAUAUAUGUGUGCCCUGGACUGUUUCAAGGUCCAUGGAGUACGGCUGGUGUGUCAUACUGUGCAGGCCUGUCCCUGGGAGUGUUCCCGUGCCUGGGAGAGUGGACCUGUGCUGUGAGUGUGUGGAUGGGUGUGAACGCAUGUGGUAAGGUGUGUACUCAGGGCAUUCUGUUGGCCUAAGUGCCUCUUCUUUUUCUUCUUGUUUCUCAUGAAAAGUUUGAUUAAAAUUCAGGAAGCAGCAAAACCUUCAAAACAAGACAUGUAUGUGUGCUUGAGUGUGUGCACACGUGUGUGUGUGUGUGCACAUCUACAUGCCAUGCCUAUGGGCCAGAGUUGUCUUUAUUGUCCACCAUGCUCUCUCACCUGCCUGCACAUUGGCCCUCUGCCUUGCCCUCCUGGGCCCUGGGCUGGCACAGCCCCUGGAGCCUCAGAAAUCUGUUUGAUUGGAUAUUCUCCUCGGACUGUGUGCAGGUUGCAGAGGAAGAGUAGAUGAGCCGGGUCCGGCCUCUCCCUGCCUGUGGCCCCUCCCCUGCAGACGGAUGCCCAUUCCUGCCUGGUCCAGUGGGGAACAGGUCCCACGCCAGGCCAGCAGGCGGGCUCCUUUGUACAGUUCUUACAAUAAACCCUCCUUGGUGC